CCAAAAGUAAUAUAUAAUUUUAAUAUCAAAAAAAUAUAUAAUAAAAUGUCGAGGGAGUCCGGUAGAAGGUCCGUGGAUAUGGGCGACGUGAACCGAAGAUUGAGUAAAGGCAAAGCUAAAGCCACCUCCGACGGUUCGACCUCACGCGGACGCGGUUCUCGAGGAAGACACUCCGUCUCUUCGUUUCCUACUGUCCCAGAUCAUUUAAUCGGGGAUGCUAUGACGGAUGAAGAAUUCAACCAUAUUUAUUCUGGUAGAGGGGACGCGAAUCUCCCCACUCUUGAUAGUCUAUUCGAGGAUGCUGAUGAAGCAGAACUGGAUAAUCUUGACGGGGACGAUGAGCCUACACCGCAAAGCAACGACGUCGACGUGGAGGCAGGUGAGCCCGAGACCUCUCGAGGUCCGGACAAAGGGACUAGAAGCUAUGGGCGGAGUUUUGACAAAUAUUAAAGAAGGAAUUAAAAAAAUUUGGGGGGCUCGUCUUAUUUCAAGGUCUUGGAAGAUGUUCUGUAAGUCUAAAGAUUGAAAAUUUUAAAAUUCUAAUUGAGUAUUACUACAGUUGUUUUUUAGAUAAAAAUAGUUAUUACUACAGCUAUUUAGUAGAAUGGAAAAAUGAAAGAGAUAAUGCUAUAACUCUUUUUGAGGAUUUGUUUAAGGAAUAUCAAGGGUUAUACGAUUGAAAAUUUUAAAAUUCUAAUUGAGUAUUACUACAGUUGUUUUUUAGAUAAAAAUAGUUAUUACUACAGCUAUUUAGUAGAAUGGAAAAAUGAAAGAGAUAAUGCUAUAACUCUUUUUGAGGAUUUGUUUAAGGAAUAUCAAGGGUUAUACGGUACUGUACAAGAAGAAACAACACCUCCUCCGCCCCCAAAACAAAAAAAGGUUUUUAAGGAAU